UUUAAAGGGUCGCGUACCGGAAGUGACGCUGAUACGGAAAAGCGCUCCUCGGACAGCCGCUAUGGGAUCAAUAUAUCUACAGGAAUAAAUAAUGCAUUAAAGAUCGCAAAUAUUCGAAAAAAAACAUACCAUCAGAAUGAAUGAUUAGGAAGUGUUAUUGUUUUUAAUGUUUCGCUCGCGGACAGAGGGUUUGACAUGUGGCCAGUCUCAGUUAAAAAACUUUGCGCUUUUUGUUUCUGCGCGUGUGCGUUUGUGUUUUUAAUCAUGACAUUUCAGGUUAUCGAACAGCUCGGACAGUUCGAGGAGAACACACUCAGACAGAAGUUAACACACACACCGGUCCAGGACCCUGUCAUUGUGUGGUGGUCUCCUCUGACUGGAGAACUGGGACGUCUCGGAGACUGUGGCCAUAACAGAUGUUUCUUCACUGUUAACAAGUCUUAUCAUUCCCAUCCACACACAAAAGCUUUCCUUUUUUAUGGUACAGAUUUCAGCAUUGAAAGUCUUCCUCUUCCGCGUCACGAGCAGCACCAGUGGGCGUUGUUUCACGAGGAGUCGCCCAAGAACAACUACAAGCUUUUUCAUGAGCCGCUCAUUACCGUGUUCAACCACACGGCGACGUUCAGCCGUCGCUCUCACCUGCCCCUCACCACGCAGCACCUGGAGGACCUCAGCGCCCUCCGCGCACAAACACACCUGGUGCCUCUGGCCUACAAAAACCAGCUGAGGAGGACUCUGGCGCCGGUGGCGUACGUCCAGUCGGACUGUGACCCGCCGUCUGACAGAGAUGUUUACGUUCAAGAGCUGAUGCAGCACAUCCAGGUGGACUCAUACGGACAGUGUCUUCACAAUAAAGACCUGCCGCCCCAUCUGAGAGACUCCACUGCGAUGGACGAUCACGAUUUCUACCAGAUCCUCGCCCAGUACAAGUUCAUCCUGGCCUUUGAGAACGCCGUCUGCGAUGACUAUAUCACUGAGAAACUGUGGAGGCCGCUCAAACUAGGCGUUGUGCCGGUGUACUACGGAGCUCCUAACGUGCGCAUGUGGUUGCCAGAUAACAGGAGCGCAGUCGUGGUCGAUCCCAAUGAGCCGCCGAAGAAGCUCGCUCAGUAUUUAAAGUGGUUGGACAAGAAUGACGGGGAAUAUCUGAAAUAUCUGGAGUGGAAGCAGAAGCGGGAAAUAUCUAACGUGAAUCUGGUGAGAGAGCUGAAGGACAGACCGUGGGGUGUUCACGAUAUUAGUCAAGACAGCUUCAUUGACGCCUUUGAGUGCAUGGUGUGCAACAGGGUCUGGGAGAAUAUCCACCGGCAGGAAAAGAAACUGCCAUCUAAAGUCUGGCGAGCUGAAGAGAGCCACCUCACAUGCCCACCUCCAGAGCUGUUUGAGUUUGCUGUGAGCCCCAGCUCGUCUCCUCGGCAGAUAUGGAGAGCCGGUUAUGAGCAGUCCAGAAGAGAAGCACGGGCGCUGGGACGGAUGCUGCGCAGGAACAGAAACUUUACAGUCACGCAGUUCUGGAGAGAAGUGUUUACUGACUAAAGGAAACGGCUAACUGAAAUGCACUUAUUAUGUUUAUGUGGAUGGCAAACCUGUGAAGUGUAAUUCAUAGGGCUAUGUUCAUGUUAUGUGAAGUUAUGUAAAACAUUGCUUUAUAUUUAACAUAAUCUUUAUGUGGACGUGACAUUUUUUCUUAAACAGUCGAACAAUGCUCAGGAUAUGUAUUAACCGUGUGUUUUUUUUAUUUAAUCUAUAUAGCCUAAUGUCCAGCCUUAAUAUUCAAAGCCACUCUUGACAAUAAGGGCCCAGUGAGUUUAUGCAAGUUAAUGCAUUAACAAUGAUUAUUUCUUACAGUAAAUUUUUUAAAAUAAUUUAAAAUGUUUGUUAACUUUAGUUAAUAAAAACUAAAAUAACUGUUCAUUGAAUAAUAUUAAAUUAUAUAGUCAGUUACAGUUUUUGUUCAUUGUUCAUGUUAAUUAAUAAGGAAUAUAUUAAAUUUAAGUGUUUAAUGCAAAGGUCUACAGCAGGGGUUUCAGGAGCAGGAUUGGACACCCCUUUCUUACUAUAAAGUAUAAACGCAUUAAAAUGCACUGUAUGCACUUUAUGGUUAUGAUUUUGUGAAAUUUAAGUAAAUUCAAAUUAUUAAUAAAUUAACUUUUUUUAAUUAACUUUUUCACACAGAGUAUUGAAUAACUCUCUGUAAUUUAAUUUAAUUUUUAUUGUUAUUGUUUUUUUUAUGAACUGUGACUUUCAUAGAUUCAUUAUAUUAGUUCUGAUUACAUUCAAAAAUAACCAAAAUAAUAAGAAAAAUUCAAAGUUUGUCAAAGUUAUAUCCUAGAUUAGUAUGGAUAUAAGUCACAGGAUCUUUAUAUGAAAUGUUUCUCAGAAAUGAAAUCCUCUCUUCUGUUGCUGUGUAAUCUUGAGUAGUGUUUCCUCUUUACUCUUCUUGACACUAGAUGGAGACACAAACAUGCACAAUGAAUGUACAGCUUUAAGCAAUGUUAUCUGUUUUUCUUCUAUAUGCAAAUAAACAGCAAUCUAAAAGUGA